CGAGGUCCGUGUCAAACUAUGCACAUGCGAACACGGUUCUCAUCAUACUCCAUCUUCCGCAAUCCACUCCCUCUAACUUCCCUUUUCUAGUCCUAAAAUACUCUAUUCUACUACUACCAUUACUAUUCCAAGUCCAAAUCUUUUCUACUUUAUUUUCUCCUAAUUAUCCCUAUUAAAUUAUUAAUAUAUUCUCAUUUCCCCUUUUCUCCAUUUUUUUUUUCUAAGUCUCUCUCCUUCCCUUUUAUUUUGUUCCUUUUCAACCCAAAAGAAAACGAGUAUUGCCCAAUUCAAUUGUUUAUUACCAAAAUACCAAAAUUGUGAUUUCUGAUUGUAUUAUCUUGUAUGAAACAAGACUAACAGUUAUGAAAAUGAUGGAGCCACAGCAAAUUCCACAGUCACUACAACAACUCCAUGAAAAUGGUAAUGGAAAUGGAAAUGGGUUGAUUGAUGGGAGUAAUAAUGGCGGAAUUAAUGGGGUUUUGUAUGUCAAAGUCAUGACUGAUGAACAGCUUGAAAUUCUUCGCACUCAAAUUGCAGUUUAUGCUACCAUUUGUGAACAACUUGUUGAGAUGCAUAAAGCUAUUACUGCUCAACAAGAUCUUGCUGGAGUUAGGCUGGGAAAUUUGUAUUGUGAUCCGUUGGUGUCCGCUGUGGGGCACAAAAUUACAGCUAGACAACGAUGGACUCCAACACCGGUGCAGCUUCAGAUCCUAGAGCGCAUCUUUGACCAAGGCACAGGAACCCCAAGCAAACAGAAGAUCAAAGAAAUUACUGCUGAAUUAUCCCAGCAUGGGCAGAUUUCUGAAACGAAUGUUUAUAAUUGGUUCCAAAACAGGCGUGCUCGAUCAAAAAGAAAGCAGCUAAACAAUACACAGAACAACGGUGAAUCUGAGGUAGAGACUGAUGCAGAAUCACCCAAAGACAAAAAGACAAAGCCUGAGGUUUUCCAAUCUCAGCCCAACUCAAUGCUGAGGGCUGAUGAUUCGUGCUUCAAGAAUCAGGAGCUAAGUUCUAGUAUGCACACUAUUGAUUCACAGCCUGGGAAAAUGGAUCCUGUAUUCGCGUCUGACGGCAGUUCUAAAUCUACCCAGAGUCUCAGCCAACUAGCUUUUUAUGAAAGCAUCCUGCAGAAUCCGAAAAAUAUUAAAGUAUGAUGGGCAAGAAAUGUCAGUUUUUCCAAACCCUUUACCGCCCGUUUGGUUAACAGUACUAAUUAGCGGUAAAUGGAAUGAAUUGUAGUGUAAUAAAUUUUCAUAAUUUGUAUGAUAUCAUUACCUUGGUAAUGAAAAUUUGAUCAUAAAAAAGUUUUUUUGUUCACAAGUUUCUAUUACCACCUAAUACCACAUGUUCAAAUGGUAAUGCAUUGGAAUGACUUUUGUGAAGAAAAUGAGAUUGUUGAAGGAGAAUAAAUGUGACAAUUAAAUUUGUGAAAGAUAUUUCUAUAAAAAUUACACUAACUUUUCAUUACUAUUCCCAAACAGGACGUUAGUAGUGAUCUCAGCCCACAGGUUUGUGGCUGUUUUAUGUUUCAGCUUUUCAAGUGUUUGAGCACAACUACAAUCACUAGCAAUAGAAAUGUCUUUUAUGAUAUAAACAUACUGAACACUAGUUUUUGAAAAAAUUAUAGAUGUGAUUAGUUGCUCCUCACCAAGACACAUAAUCAGAUGACCGCGGUUAUAAAAUUGUCUAAAGAGGAUGCCGUAAGUCAUCACAGGAACACUUGAGACAAAAGCACAUGUUACUUCAGCUUGUAAAUCGUUUGCCACUUGCAUCAAACUCUUACUUGACCCUUGCUUACUAUAUCAGGGAAGUAAAGCCUAUAUGAUGCCCUUUCGGUUUUUAUCAGGUGUAUACCCUUACCAUCUCCCCAUUUUUAAAGAUAUUGGAAUACUGCGUCUUAUGUCAGUUUUGAGAUACUCCAUUAAUAUCCUAGAUUGUUUGUUACUUCAUCUGUUUGAACUGGAAAUUACGGCACGGUGCAGUAAACUAGAGUUUAGAUAAAGGUGGUUGAUUUCAUUCACUACUUGCCAAGAGCUAGUAAGUUUGAGAAGCUUGGGUUAUCAGGUAUAGUAAACAAUAGUGUUAUAACUUCAUUUGAUAAAUUCAUAUAAUGUAUAUUGGCCUCAAAAUGUGCGAGUGAGGAUCAUGGUUUUCCCAUGUUUUAUUCUCACUGAUCUGAUCAGGCUGUUUGAUUUUGGUAUAUAUGCAUCUAUUUUCAGUUUAUGUGAAGUUGUAGAUGAUGUUUAUUACCAAGGGUUAAAUAGAAACAAUCUCAUUACUAUCACUAACAAGUGUUUAACCAGGAUAAGGUUGCGUACAUUUAACCCUCCAAACCCCAUCCUAGGUGGGGGACACGUAAUGGCAUUGGGGCAAUUAAAAAAUAUGUGUUUUCAGUUUGCUGCUGUUUACGAAAUUUUCUGCUUGCUUUUGUCUCGAAACAUGUUAAGCAUAGCAAGAAAACCGUAGGCAUGUUACCUUGCAUUAAAAGAAAUGCCCUCCUUUAGUUAUGCUCUUAAUUUGUUACCAUCAUUGUAAUUACAGGAAUAGAUGACUUGAUUGGGAAGAUGGAAGUACCUGGAAGCUAUAGUGGAUACCCGCCAACUGAAGAUUACAGCAUGACUGGCUGACUUUGAUGCAUUCUUUGGUAUUAUCUUUCUAUUUUUUUUGCGAGAAAACCAUGUGUGCAGAUUUGAAGCCAAGCCGGAUCUCAUACUGAGAUUUCUGAGCUAGGUAGCAGUUAAAACCCCAGAAAGGAACUGGUUCAACAAUAUGUUUGAUACUUCCGUUGCUUUUCCAAACUCGGUAAUUAUAUAACAGAAGCUUGUGUGUGUGUGACAGAAAUUGGUGGUGUUCAGAUGGGUUUUGUAAUUUUUCAAGGAUUUGUAUUCUGAUGUAUUGAUACUGUAAAAUUCCUUGGCGGAUUGAUGACAGUAACAGUCGUUUGUUUUUUUGCUUCUCCGCUAACUGGAGAGUGGUGUGGCUUGUCUAUCGUAUGCAACGUUCUAAGGCUUGAGAUAUACGAAGCGUAUGCUAAUAUUUCUGGAA